GAUAGGCCCAUAUGCAAUUAGACAAGCUGUGAUUGCAAAAGCCCAAAACAAAAGUAAGGGCAGAAGUGAUAGUACAAUGUCUGGAAGCUCAACAGAAACCAUUGGGACAGAGGACAACCAGAAAUGUGAAGAUCCUACAAUAGGCCUAAAGACAAGAAUGAGGUCAUAUAUUGACUUAGCAAUCCAAAGAAUAACUGAUACAACAAGUAACAAUGAAGCAGCACAAGGUAAUUAUCCACCAACACCUGUAAUUAAUAGUUUAAUCUUAGCAUUAGGCACAGAGGGUCAGAGUAUCAAAUCUGCAAACAAUUCAGAAACAAUAACCUAUAAAGCAACUGGCAGGACGUUUUCAGCAUUUGCUUAUACAUUUAAAAAUAACAGACAUGGCAAAGAAAAAUUGAGAUGUUGCCAAGAAAACCCACAGAACUUGAUUAAUAAUGUUAAGUUAAUAAAUAAGAAUACAGUUUUACAAACAUCAGAUAGUGGAGUGGUAAUGAUCAAAAAAUGGAAGCAGAACACAGUACUUGAAAACAUAUCUGAUUGGUUAAUCGCAUUCAAAGCAUAUUUAGAUGCUGUAUUUAUAAUUUAUAAAAACUGUGAAUUAGAACUGAACACAUAUUGUGACCAUAUUAAUGAAUUGUGUAUUAAAUAUAAGUUCUCAACAGUAAUGUCAUAUGAUAAAAAUUGUAGAGUCACAUUAAUAAUGAAUCAGGAUUCAAUACUGACAGAAAGAAAUAUUGAAGCAGAAAGAGAAAAUUUCGAUAUGGCAGCUAUCAAGAAAGUAAAGGAUGAAGAACAACAAAAUGGUUGGACUAAUACUACAUGGCAUGAUGGCAAAGAGAUAUGCCUCAACUAG